AUGGGCCUGCUGUGGACCCCACUCCCCCUUUUGCUCCUCUUGGCUGGGAAGCCUGACUGCCUAAGGUCCCAGGACUACCCCAGCUGCCCAGAACCCAGGGAACUAGAAGCCAGGGUGGUCCUCCUGCCCAGUUGUCCUGGAGCCCCAGGAAGUCCUGGGGAGAAAGGAGCUGCAGGCCCUCAAGGGCAACCUGGACCACCUGGCAAGAUGGGCUCCAAGGGUGAGCCUGGGGAUCCGGCGAAUCUGCUUCGGUGCCAGGAGGGCCCCAGAAACUGCCAGAAGCUGCUAAGCCAGGGUGCCACGUUGAGCGGCCAGGAGCAUCUAUGCCUACUCGAGGGGAGAGCCCUCCCAGUUUUUUGUGACAUGGACACCAAAGAGGGCGGCUGGUUGGUAAGUAGGCUGCAGGAUGGGUCCGUGGAUUCCUUCCGCUCUUGGACCUCCUACAAAGUAGGUUUUGGAAGCCAGGAGUCUGAAUUCUGGCUGGGGAAUGAGAAUCUGCACCAGCUCACUGUUGAGGGUACCUGGGAGCUGCGGGUGGAGUGGGAGGUCUUCACUGGCAACCACACCUUUGCCCACUAUGAGUCCUUCUGCCUCCUCGGGGAGGCGGCCUACCAGCUGGUGCUGGGCAAGUUCACAGAGGGCACUACAGGAGACUCCCUGAGCUUCCACAACGGGAAGUCCUUUACCACCUAUGAUGCUGACCACGACCCGAACAAGAGCAACUGUGCCGUGACCGUCCACGGUGCCUGGUGGUACGGAACACGCUACCGGUCCAAUCUCAACGGGCGCUGCGCAAGGUCUGAGGCCACUGCUCACAAGUAUGGCAUCGCCUGGGCCUCAGGCCGGGGCGCGGGCCUCCCUUAUCGCAAGUUUCGCAUGAUGCUUUGCUAGGACGCGUGGUGGCCAGCACCCUUAUCUACCCCAUACAGCUUCCGGACCCACGGCUACACUCCCCGGUGCUAAACGCCUCCGCUCC